AUUACAAAGCUAAGACGUACACUGUGUGCAUUACUAAUAAAAAUCUUACGUUACGGACGUUUUUUCCCGGUUAGGGUACCCCUCCGCAUCGUCCCAUAAAGGAACUUCGUUCCAACAAGAAUGUAAAUUAAAAUAAGACUGGACCUAAAAUUCUUAGUUACCAGGUCAUAAAAUCCCUUUGAAAAAAUAUUAACACGCUGGGACGAGACGGGAGGUUAUAAACCUGACGAACGCCUCAUUUGUUUACCAAAUGACUACAUAGGAGUGGGAGUAUAAUAACUACAAAUAACUUUUCAAGCAAUCAUUUCAAAAGUACACAUUGUGAAAUAUACUGGACGCAUAUAUCUAGUCUGUGAUGAAAAUCCCAAUCAUGAUACCGGUAUCAAUGCUUCGGCGAACUUUAGUCAAUGGGACAAUAUACUCUGCUGCAGCACUUCGUUUUGCUUCGACUCAACCUGAUAAACAAGUUUAUUUCGAUGUAACUGCUGACGGAGAGCCAUUGGGACGUAUAGUCAUAAAAUUGAACACGGAUGAAGUACCGAAAACUGCUGAGAACUUUAGAGCUCUGUGUACUGGUGAAAAAGGUUUUGGGUACAAGGGUUCAUCAUUUCAUAGAAUAAUACCAGACUUCAUGUGUCAAGGUGGAGAUUUUACCAAUCACAACGGUACCGGCGGAAAGUCUAUUUACGGGCGUACCUUCUCAGAUGAGAAUUUCAAAUUAAAGCAUACUGGGCCUGGAAUUUUAUCAAUGGCGAAUGCUGGACCGAAUACAAAUGGGUCUCAAUUUUUUAUAACCACAGUUCCGACUCCUUGGUUGGAUAGAAAACAUGUAGUAUUUGGGUCUGUGGUUGAAGGUAUGGAUGUUGUGCAGAAAAUGGAAAAACUUGGUUCUAAAAGUGGUAAACCAAUAAAGAAAGUUGUCAUCUCAGAUUCAGCUUGUGAACCUCAGAAUGUGUGUCUACAAAAUUUAUAGCUUCUCUCGAUGAGGACUAUACCUUCUUUAAAAUUACACCAAUUAAUAGUGUCUAUAGAUAAAAAAAGUGAGGAUGCUGCAAUAUUGAAUGUUUUGUAAAUUUUUUAAUUUAACUGAUAUUUGUUCUUCCUUUUCCUUUCAUAUAUCCAUUCAAUAAAUAAAUAAAAAAGA